GGUGGAGACUCACCAGAUCAUAAAUUCCGUGUCAUGAUUGGACCACAGAGUUGUACUUGUACAAGACCACAUUGUGUCCAUCUUCUUUUUGUGAUGUUGAGAGUUUUUAAACUGAAAGAAAAUGAUCCCCUGUUAUGGACCUUGAAAUUGAAGAACUUUGAGGUUGAGAAUUUACUUUCCAAGUUCCACGCUCGUGUUACAUCACGCUUGCAAAAAGACACAAGUGGCCAGUUGAAGAAUUCGCGGUCGAGAGGUCAAAGAAGCACACCGCCAUCAACCCCAAGCACAUCAGGCCUUGGGGGACUGUUAACCCAGGCACGUGAGGAUGAAGAAGUGUGUCCCAUAUGCUUGCUGGAAAUGGUCGAAGGUGAAAGCUUAACAAGCUGUCAAGAUGGAUGCAACAACAGACUUCAUCAGCAUUGCAUGGAAAUAUGGGCUGCAGAAUGCAAAAGACAGAGAGAGGCACUGUUCUGUCCAUUGUGUCGGAAGGCGUGGUCAUCAGAGGCAUAUGGAACAGAAAGGUAUUGUUGCUAUUCAAUUUUCAGCAGUUACGAAUAAA